AUGUCCACAUCCGCAGAGGCGGGGCCCUCCACUCGCCCACCGUCCACUGAGAACGUUUCCAGCGCUCCCCCUCUUCUGUACUUUGACGGAAACCUGCGAUUCCUCACAGACUGCUACAUACCCUAUUUCAUAGAGCGGAGAAAGAUCGAAGAAGCUUAUGUCGAGUCUCUGCGCAAGCUGCACAAACGACUCAAGACCACCGACACGUACCUGGACAACCGCUAUGACCCAAGCUUGUCCGGGAAUACAACACGCCAUGCAUGGGCCGAAAUCCGGGAAAAUCUCGACCGAGAGUGCGAUACGCGACAAGCCCUUAUUGCGAGCUGGUCGCAGGACGUGAUCGGGCCUUUGAUCGCCCUGAAGGAAACCCAGGAGCGCAUCAGAAAGCGAAUUCGCGAGGACCUCAAGGAAGCCAUCAACGCGCAUGCUGAAUAUGCAGAGAACGUCUUCCUGAAGCUUAAGCGGGCCUACAUGAAGAAGUCACAGGACGCCGAGGAGUUCAAGAACGCCGCAGCAAACGGACCGCCACUGUCCCCUCCAAUCCUCCAUGAACACAACCCUUUGGCGAUGCCAAAGCCUGAGAAGAGCUCAGGCAAGCCUGCCGUCACCGCUCCUCAACCUUUGCGACCAGUGGACCGCCGACCGUCGAUGCACCAGACUGGACCGGCGCGGACUCGAUCACCAUCUACUUCUACCGCGCUUCAGGAUCUGGCACAUCAAGGCAAACGGCAACUAAACCAAUUAAUCACGUUCCUGGAUAAGUCUGGGAACGCGAAGGAAGGGAACCGUGCCGACAACGCGCUGCGGACUGUGCGUGCAAAGAGGGAUGCGGAUGACGCUGACAAGGAGUACCGAAAAGGUGUUCACUGGUUGGAGACCUUGAGGCUCCGUAGGGUGAAAAUGUUAGAAGGCGGAUACAAUAGCUUAGAAGCCUUUGUACGUGAGCUAUCUGAGACUAUGAAACAGGUUUUGCAGACAUUCUCAGACAGCGCAAUCGCGACUUGCAUGACGCAAGCUCAGAUGUGCAACCAUGUACAGUCAUACGUGGCCAAGAUUGACUCUGAGAAGGACACUUCUCUGAUCACCGUGCAAAUCCCGCGUCUCGUCGCACUGGCUGCUCCUAAGCCUCUGUACUACGAUAACUUUGCGGUUGGAGAGUGCCGAGAUUUAAUCUUUGGCACCAGUCUAGUCGACUAUGCGACAUCCAAAGCUCUUGCCGACGGCGAGAUGCCGAAGAUCAUGCGAGUAUGCAUAGAGGAGAUCGAGAGCCGGGGACUGGAUGCUGAGGGCAUAUAUCGAGUGUCUGGCAGACAUGCCACGGUGCAGGAGCUUCAACAUAAGAUUGAGCGGGACGAGGAUGCCUUCCGCUUCAAUCCUGCCGUGGAUGACGUUUAUGCCGCUUCUUCCCUCCUAAAGCUUUACCUCCGGGAGCUGCCGGAACCAGUCUUCAAGUUCCCGCUACAGGAGCGCAUGCAGCAUACCGAGGAGAUUGAUGGGCAUAUAUCCAACAACUUCCGCGUAUUGCGCUCCAAGAUACGACGACUACCUCCCGUUCACCAGGCUACGCUGAAGGCCAUUCUUGACCAUCUCGCAAAGGUCGCGUCACACAGCGAGAAGAAUAAGAUGGAUGCCAAGAAUCUUGCGAUCGUCUUUGGGUCUGUCAUCUUCGGUGAGGAUGAUAUGCCGAAGGGAGGGGAUCUACUUAAUGUUCAGUCAUGGAAGGACACACUUAUGGAGGAUCUGAUUACUCACGCCCAUGUGUUGUUCCAGUCAAGCAAUUCAUCGCCGCCGCUGCCGCCAGCACCUUCAGGGGGGCCUGUGCCGGCAAUAUCGUAUGGGUCGUCUCAUACCAAGGUCUCUGAAAUGCCCCCUCCGCCUCUACCUCAGCCACAAGAUCCGUCAACGGAAAAGCAAGCCGACGACCCGUUUACGCGGCCGCCGCAACUUAUCUCUGCGCGCGGAUCCCUCGACCGGCCCUCAUUUGAACGUCCAAUGCGACGGCCAGAAGAUUUCACUCCUCAGCUGCCCUUACGUCCAGCGAACAGCAUACACCCGUCGUUACGCGCAGGACCUCAGGGCGCGUCAGUAAGGCAGUCGCUCCCGUCUGCACCAAGGAUCGCCCAGUGGUUCGACGACAGUUUCUCCGUCGACAACGCCGUCCCGCGUGUGCAAGGGCCUCCGUCAGUCCCGCCGUCACCAUCAAAGCGCCCGCAAAGGGCCACUCCUGCGCCACUGGUCCUGCUGAAGUCGCCGUGGUCCGACAGCCAGCCGUCGCUGGCCUCGACGGCGCUGACAAACGUGUCUUCGACGCUGCUUGACGACGAGUCGGUGCACAGGCAGGACGCGAACGUCAUAUCGCUGAACGACGUGCCGUCCUCUGCGCCCUCGGCUGGCCUGGGCUUCUCGACGGGGAUAUCGCCGGCGCCUUCGAUAUCCUCCGCUGGACGGCGAACGCCAGCGACUCCGCCCCCGUCUGUGAAACCGCUCAGCCUCGGUGGCUCGCCCAGUGGCGGGUCGCUCUCGAGGAGGAGCUCGCAGCGGCAUCGCAAAGAUGGUCGCACGUCAUCGGAAUAG